AUGUCAGAAUCACUUGCAGCAUUCCGCGACCGCCGUUCAAGGGACCUGCACAAGCUCGCAGAAGAACACCUUCAGCAUGACUUGAAUCAAUCAGAUCGUGACCUUCUCAGGAGCGCAGGUGGCAAGAUCUCCAUGCACGCAGGCCUUGCCUCGGGUCUCGGUCUCGGUCUGGGUCUUUAUGCUGCGAUACGACUGCGGGCUAUGCGCAUGGCCUACUUCCGCGCAUUCAGGGCCAUGGAAAAGCCUGUCGAAGUUCGCUUCGCAGACGGGCGGACGGAAUCCAUCCCAGAUAUCACGGCGCAGAUAUCAGGCCCGUCCCGCUGGGGUGAUGCGGCAACCUACUUCCUCUUCUCCGUUGGCGGACUGUUUCUAGGUGGUGAGCUCGGUCUCCUGACGGGCACGGCGAGCGCAUCGAGGAUGGUUACAAAGGAUCCGGAAGCGAGGGCGAGGAUUGAAAAGGCGUUUAAGAACUAUCGCAUAGAUGUGUUGAAGCAGGAGAUCAAGGCUCUAGAGGGCAAGAGCAAGUUUGAAGAGUUCUUUGACAGUUCAUCCUAA